AUGGAUCGCAACCGCACAGUCAGUGGGGGGCACUCCGACAAUGCGCCAUUGAUCAGCUCCGCCGAACCACUCAGCUACGACAGUGGUGAUGUAGCGAUGCAGCAUGUCGACGACGCAUCAUACUCGCCAUCCAACUCACCAAUGCACACACCAUCCAUGGUCCAGUCUCCAGAGAUCAUAGAGUCCAAGGGCGGAUUCUACGCCAGCGUAGGCAGCCCCAGCUCCACCUUCGAUGUUGAAGACGGGACUCAUCACCACAAACACCACCACCACGUCAAGCGAUUCGACCAAAGAGAGGCACGGAAGACACUCCUCAAGACAGGUGCGAUGAAACUCCUCGUAACGCUGUUCUUCAGCGCAGUGAUGUGUGUUACACUCAAAUGUUGGGAAGGAUGGCGCCGCCCCGUCGUUCUCUCCAAGAUCGAUAUCCGAAUCUUCAACUCGCUUACUCUCGGUCUCUCGCUGUGUCUGGGUUUGAACAUCUUGGCCUCGUUAAAGCACUAUGCAUCAGUGUUCAGAUGGUCAUUUCUCACUAGACAUUACGUUAGUCUAGAAGUAUUCGACCUGAUCCUACACCUGAGUUCGCUUGCCAAGGUUACGAAACUGAUGAUCCUGUCGUCACCUGGCUUCCGGCGUCAGAAAUGGCUGCGCAAAUUCCGAAUGUUCAAGGAUGUUAGAGACGAUGAGACGAAGUGGAUGUGGCUAGCGUGUCUGGCAUGGCUGGUUCUCAAUAUCGGCUCUCAGAUCCUAGUGGCACUGCUGAGUCUGUUCUGGCCGAUGGAGAACUCGGAGAUACCACUCUUGUCAUACGGGAAUGUCACUGUAGCCGAUCUGAACGAUUGGUACGUCGACAACCCGCCGCGCGAGAUCGACCCCGAAAUCAGUCUCAUCAACGAGACUUCGCUGGAAGCGGCGUGGAUGUACGGCAUGGAAGCCAUGGCAUACCCCGAAUUCAAUCUUACCGACAAUAUGGACGACAUGAUUACCGAUCUAUCCGGCAUACCAGGCACACCCAUCUACCGCGGCAACGGCGCAUGGCACUACCGCUUCUUCAACCGCGACCCAGCCCACCAAUGGGUCAACUACCUCGCCAGCUCCCGCAACAUCACAGCCCACGCAUCAUGCGAACAACUCGAAGUCAAGGACGGCAAAGUGCACGACGUACCCGACGAAUCCCUCUACAUCAUGGCUCGACACCAAGGCGACGAUGACUACGUUAAGUGGGAAGUCACUGAACAAGCCGGCGGCUCCGUAACCUGGAUGGCCUCUGUUCCCGAAAACUGCGGGCCAAGAUGUACGAACUUCACCGUCAUGCAACUCCCCGAGUCGGACAACAAAAAGCACGCGCGCGUGACCGCCGCCUCCCUCUUCCUCUGCAACAACACACUCGGUAACGUAACCGCGAUUAACGCCCCCAACGACAUCGAUCCCCGAGACCCCGCCGACUUCAGGGCAGUCUGGGGCUCCGAUAUCUUCGCUCGUACAGCUGCUGGUGCCAUGGGCUGGACAGGUAUACCAUGGAACGGUUGGUUCGACCGCCAAACCCGGUCCUACAGUCAAGGCACCAAAUGGUCGCCCGCACACAACAUCGCAAAAAAUGAAGUCGAAGACCUCCUCAUGCGCUUUACCAUCGGCGCUGUCGCUGCCUUCGAUGACCAUGGCAUUCGCUACAACGUCACGCACCAAACCGUCGUCCCAUCGCAAGGCCAGCAACUCGACGUAGACUGGUCCUACGUUUUCAGCAUCCUAGGCGGCAUCUGCUUCAUCCAAUUUCUCGCUCUCUGCCUCUUAGGCCUCUUCGCCAACCGCACGAUUGUCCGCGACGAGAGCUUUUUCAGUAUGGCCAUGCUGUUGAACCCCGUUGUUAGUCGUAUUGGUGGCGAUGCGGCGAUGGUUAUGAGUGGGGAUGAGAUUAAGGCAGCGAGGGCGCUGCGGUUCAAGAAAAUCAAGUAUGAUUACCAUGAGGGGGAAAAGGGGGAGCCGAACAAGGUUGCCAUUUUCUUUGAGGGUGAGGAUCGUAGGGAGAGUCGGAAGAGCUGGGCGGCGGGGAGUUAUAGUUAG